GCUACAGCAUCCUCUGCGGAGAAAGACAUCAGCCAUGGCGAAAACAGCAACCGCAUAUAAAGAGAAGAUGAAGGAGUUGUCCGUCCUCUCCCUCAUCUGCUCCUGCUUCUACCCAGAGACACGCAACAAGCUUGUGAGUGAGUUUGAAGACAUGGAGGUGAAACCUAUAAACAAGAGGGCCUCUGGCCAGGCAUUUGAGGUGAUUCUCAAGCCUCUGUCUCCAGUGUCAGACAUAAGCCACAACUUCCCCUCACCUCCCAAGAGGGACAUCUCCUUGGAAGACAUUGAGAAGAAACUGGAGGCUGCUGAGGAUCGAAGGAGGUAUCAGGAGGCCCAGGUGCUGAGGGCUUUGGCAGAAAAGCGAGAGCAUGAGAGGGACGUGUUGAUAAAGGCCAUGGAAGAGAACAGCAACUUCAGCAAGAUGGCCGAGGAGAAGCUCCAGAUGAAGAUGGAGCAGAUCAAGGAGAACCGCGAUGCCCAUCUGGCAGCCAUGAUUGAGCGUCUACAGGAGAAGGAGAAACGUGCAGCUGUGGUGCGCAGGAACAAAGAGCUGAGGGAAGAGCUGACAGCAUGAGCCUCACACAAGUCCCGACUUCCAUGGUCCAUCGACGUCCCUCCAUCCAGUCCUGCCCCCUCCGCCACCCUGCCCUCAACCCCCUCAGAACAGACACCCAACCCUGGAGGUCGAGAGGUUUGAGGACCUCACCACCACAUCACAACACAC